AUGACAGCUCAAGAAGAUAACAUGAAGCCUAAGGCAAUGCAGAUCUCGUCGAUCUUGACAGGCAACAGGCAAGGAGAGCAAAGCGUAGAAGCGUCGAUUGGGACAGUCGGAGACUUCGUGGCGAACUUUCGGAACAAGAUGAAGGCAGCAGUUGCGAUGGACCGGCUUAAAGAAGGUGAGGCGAACCGAUUAAAGUUGAUGAAAGCGGAAUUCGAGCUGCUCGCGACAACAGGAGGGUUGUACAUCCGGCCGGAGACGGUGAACGAGCUGCGGGCGCGACUCGGGCAGCUAGACCCGAAGAUUUUCGAGAAGAUAUCGCGGAGGAGCCGGAACGUGCGGCAGGAGGAGGAGGCGUACCGGCGGGUGAAGAACGCGCGGCUCCGGAGGCUGGUGGAGCUGCAGCGGCAGCGGGAGGGGCAGCUGGCGGAGCUUCAGCGGGCCCUGGGGCGGUGUACCGGGCGGGGGCCUGGUGGGUUUGUGUUGCGACUGAAGCGGCCGAUGACCGGGAACGACGGGGUGGGUCCCGCGGGUCCCGGUGGAAGGAGUAAGCGGCGGCGGCGUGGCACCCGGCAGCUACCGGGCGAGGCUCUACCGGGCGACGUGCUGAUGUCCACCGGGGAGCUACCGGGCGCCGGCCACAUGACCACCAAGGAGCAGCGGGCGUUGACCCGGCAGUACGACAACACGUACGUGGGCCUUUGGAAGGACAUGUCACGCAAGGAUGGCCCAAAGGCGUACCGGCAGUUCCAGCAGUCGGCCCAGGCAAAGCUGCUGAACAUGCGGAAAACUGCACAGCUCGCAGCAAGGGAGUCCAAGCGGUGGAAAGCGAAGACAACGAAGUCCGUGAAGGACCAGACAACGAAGGCCCGGCGGUCGAUGCGUGAGAUGUUGAAUUUCUGGAAGAAAAACGAGCGUGAGGAGAAGAUGCAGCGGGUGAAAGCGGAGCAGGAGGCGAUAGCCAAUGCGAAGAAGGAGGAGGAGCAGCGGGAGGCGAAGCGGCAGGCGAGAAAGUUGAAUUUCUUGAUCAACCAGACGGAGUUGUACUCGCACUUUAUUGGGAAGAAGCUCAAGACGGAGGAGUAUGAGCGGGAGGGGAAUGAGAAGGAGAAUGAGGGUAAGGAUGAGAAUAAGGAUGAGAAUAAGGAUGAGAAUAAGGAUGAGACCAUGGAUAUGAGUAAUGCACAUCCCUCCCACUCUAUCCCCCCAGACUUCGACCUCCAGAACGACCAGCAACUACAGCAGGCUGCUGCUGCAAACGCACAGUCGGCAGUGCAGGCCGCAAAGCGCCGUGCCCAGCAGUUCAACGGUGCAGAGAUGAACUUCCAGGACCCUACUUCGUCCCUCGGCGGCAUCAGCAUCCCCCAGCCCAAGAUGCUCGACUGCACGUUGAAGGAGUACCAGAAGAAGGGCCUUAACUGGUUGGCGUCGUUGUACGAGCAGGGUAUUAACGGGAUCCUCGCAGACGAGAUGGGACUCGGCAAAACCGUGCAGAGCAUCUCGGUGUUGGCGUACUUGGCGGAGACGUACAACGUGUGGGGACCGUUCUUGGUGGUGACGCCGGCAUCAACGUUGCACAACUGGCAGCAGGAGAUCACGAAGUUCGUGCCGGAGUUCAAGGUGCUCCCGUACUGGGGCACGGCGAAGGACCGGCGGAUCUUGCGGAAGUUCUGGGACCGCAAGAGCAUUGUGUAUCACCGGGAGUCGGCGUUCCACGUGGUGGUGACGUCGUACCAGCUCGCGGUGGCGGACUCGCAGUACUUCCAGAAGAUGAAGUGGCAGUACAUGAUCUUGGACGAGGCCCAGGCCAUCAAGUCGUCGCAGUCGUCGCGGUGGAAGUCGCUGCUCUCGUUCCAGUGCCGCAACCGGCUCCUCUUGACGGGAACGCCCAUCCAGAACAACAUGCAGGAGCUCUGGGCCUUGUUGCACUUCAUCAUGCCCUCGCUGUUCGACUCGCACGACGAGUUCAGCGAGUGGUUCUCCAAGGACAUCGAGUCGCACGCCGGCGACCACACGCAGCUCAACCAGCUGCAGUUGCACCGUUUGCACGCCAUCUUGAAGCCCUUCAUGCUCCGCCGAGUCAAGAAGAACGUCCAGAGCGAGUUGGGCGACAAGAUCGAGGUCGACGUCUUCUGCGAGUUGACCUCCCGCCAGAAGAAGCUCUACCGCAUGCUUCGGUCCCAGAUCAACCUCAUCGACUUGAUCGAGAGCAACCGGAGCAUUCACUCCGACCGGAAUCGCCGCAGAGCCCACUCCAGGAGACGUACGGCCUCACCUUCGCCCUCCGGUGCAUCUUCCGGCGGUCUUUCCGGGCCCUCUGCAUCUACCGGCUUCAACUACGACGAUGAGGAGUCCGGCGACUCGCUCAUGAACGUGGUCAUGCAGUUUCGGAAGGUCUGCAACCACCCGGACCUCUUCGAGCGGGCCGACUCCAAGUCGGCGUUUGUUUGUGGCCGUUUUGCCGAGAGCGGGUCUCUGAUCCGGGAGACGAAUGCCGAAUCGGGCUCUGGUGGUGCCGACGGGUCCACAAACUACCUCGAGCUCGACUAUACGACGCGGAAUGAGAUAUCCAUGCACAUUCCGCGGCUCGUUUUCGACGAGUUGCUUGGCCCGGGGCCGGAAAGCCGCGUUUUUGACGCCAAGACCAGCAUCCCGGCCCAGUUCAGCAUCUGGGCCCCGGAGAACAUCCGUGACAGCCCCGGCAUGCAGGCCCUGGUGUUGUCCGGGCUGUCUGUGGGCGAGAUUGCCGCCUCUGUGCACCGAAACCUGCUACAAGAGGCGAUUUCCCGCCGCAGCUACGUGGCCCAGGAACCCGCAAAGCCCCCCAUUCUGUCCGUGCAGGACCUCUGCGCCAAGCAGAUGUAUGUGGCAGACAUGCAGCCGUGUGCAUUCGACGCGUGCCGGGCCCCCCCGGUGGCCCUGGAGUGCUCGAGCCGGCGGUUCGUGCAAUGGCAGGCGGACCGGCUGCAGGACCUCGGCAUCAGGCAGGCAUUGAGCCCAUUGAGCCUGGACACGCAGUGGCAACUCUACCGGGCGGACGUGCCGGUGGAAAACUGGCCCAAGGCUGAGAUGCUCCCCCGCUUGCUGUCCCGGCACGCGUCCCACUCCACCAUCAGGCUCCCCUCCAUGGAAAGAUUCGUGAUGGACUCGGGAAAGUUGAAGAAACUCGACCAGAUGCUCCCCGUGUUGAAGAAAAACGGCCACAAGUGCCUCGUCUACUUCCAGAUGACCCGGAUGAUGGAUCUCAUGGAGGAGUACUUGACCUACCGCCAGUACAAGUACAUCCGGUUGGACGGCUCUUCUCGCUUAAGCGACCGCAGAGACUUGGUCGAUGACUGGCAGACCAACCCAGAUCUCUUCAUCUUCCUUCUCUCCACCCGGGCCGGUGGCUUGGGCAUCAACUUGACCGCUGCCGACACUGUCAUCUUCUACGAUUCCGACUGGAAUCCAACCAUUGACUCCCAGGCCAUGGACCGUGCCCAUCGGUUGGGCCAGACCCGCCAGGUCACCGUUUACCGUCUUCUGGUCAAGGGCACCAUCGAGGAGCGGAUGCGUGACCGUGCCAAGCAGAAGGAGCAGGUCCAGAAGGUCGUCAUGGGCGGAAAAAUGGACGGUGAGGCCGACUCCCGCCCGGAAAACCCCUCAGGCUCCGACACAGGGCUCUCCACGCGGAGCGGCAGCGAGGCCAACAUCGAUGCCUCGUCAUUCACGGGCUCGUCCAAGGGUAAGGCCAAGAACAAGAAGGAGAUGGCCAUGUGGCUUUUCAAGGAGGAUGAUGAUUAG